AAGGGUGAGACACGAGACACGAGAGGAAGUGCCCUAAAAAACCAAGAGGAGGGUAAGGGAAGGGAUCUUUAAAUUUCUCUUUCCUUAUUUCAAUCAUAUUCCGAAAGAAAGAAUGGAAGGAUCAGAAGGAUCAGGGGUUCCCAAUUAUGAAGUUGCAGUCUCCUUCGUCUCAUCAAAUGCACCGCAUCCGCAAUCCAUCCACGAAAUGGGGUUUGUGCAGUUCGAAGAUCAUAGCCAUAGCCAGGUGUUGAGCUUCCUGGCACCCAGUAACGUUAACGGCGCCACUGGGGCUACAUCCACCGCCGCCAUGCCUGCCGCUGCCUUCACCACGCAGCUCCUCAGUAGACCUUCUUGGAGCAACGAGCAGGUGGGAGCGCUGGAUCCAAAGGCGGCCAACGACGAAAACUGCACUGGUAGCGCCAGUGAUGGGAGCAAUUCAUGGUGGAGAAACUCGAGCGCAGAUAAGAGUAAAGUGAAGGUGAGGAGAAAGCUGAGAGAGCCACGGUUCUGUUUCCAGACGAGAAGCGAUGUAGAUGUGCUGGAUGAUGGGUAUAAAUGGAGAAAAUAUGGCCAAAAAGUCGUCAAGAACAGCCUUCACCCUAGAAGCUACUACCGUUGUACGCAUAGCAACUGUCGAGUGAAGAAGAGGGUGGAGCGACUGUCGGAGGAUUGCCGGAUGGUGAUUACCACGUACGAAGGUAGACACAACCACUCCCCUUGCGACGACUCCAAUUCUUCCGAGCACGAACCCUUUACAUCUUUCUGACUACCAAAACUGAACCCCUUCCAAGUUCUACUUCUACCCACAAUUUUAUAUAUAAAUUUAUUUAUCUUUGCUUUGCUUUGCUUUGCUUGUAUAUCUUCCUUUUUCUUUUUUGAGAUAAAAAUAUCGCUGCUGCAGCCUGAGCCUGCAUGUAUUUUAUUUUAUUUAGAGAUGAGAUGAGAUGAGAUGGAUUCUCUCUAAUUAAAAUUAAAGUAGUCCAUUUUGAUU